GAGAAAUUCACUUACACCGUAAGCAUUUCUAGGGGUUUUCACACAUAAAUAGCAAAAAGGCAGUAUAAAUUCUUCUAUUGGAGUAGUUCACUAAUCAAUCUGCCAUACAAUCUGUGGAAUUGCCUCAAAAACUCCAGCAAAAUGCCAACUCUUCAUGAAACUCUGAUUCCGUCUUUGUACUGGAACACGCGCUCACUACAUCAUAGUCGUAUUUUCAUGCUCAUAGUGUUUCUGCACGUGAGCGUGGCGAUGGCCCUUGGGAAAGAAGGUGGGCUUACUACUUUCUACGAUAAGAUCACAGAACCUCCAUGUUAUAUUGUUAAACAAGACUCAACGUCCUGGAUAAUUUUUGUUAUUAUAUUUGUAUUGACCACCGGUAUCACGUUGACUGUUUGUUUAAUCGCUUUUUAUACCAGGACCGAACUCAAACGCAAGAGACGCCGCAUGAUGAGACGUCAGAGAAGAAGACAUAGGGCUAAUCGUAUACGUAAUGGUGAGCAUAUUUACAAAAGAAGGCAAUUCAACCACACCACCCCCACUCAACCUCCGGAAAAUAAUGACCCUUUAUGUAGUGAUGACUCCAUCUACGAAGAUGCGAAUGGCACCUUGACGGAACACUCUACUCGUGUAAUAAUGAGACCCCAGCCGGUAAUGGUACCAUCUCCACAAGGCAUUUCACUGGAAGAAUAUCGGAAAAAAUGUAAACAAGGUGAAGACGAUGUGAAGUGGGAAGAGGAAGCUAAUCCCCUUGCUAACCAUACUUUUUGAAGUUUAAAUUGACAAGACGAAGAUGUCUUUCAUGUACACAACGGAAUGUUUUAACCGUGACUGAUUUUAUAUAUUUUGUUUAGGGCAAUCAUAUUUCACCUUCUAUGUAAAAAAUCAUAAAAUAAUGGUAUUAUUUCUAGUUUAUCUGAAUACUAUUUUGCUAAAUUGUUUUUUAUUUUGUGGUAUCACCACAAGAUAGAAUAUAUAUUUAUUUUUUCGAUAUUACUGAUUCUAUUUUUAUUUCCAAGUUGUGAACUACAUAUUACACGUUAUACAAGUAUCAUAAAUAGAUGUACCUAAAUAUUGUAUUUGACAAUUUAAGAAUGUUCAGUUUUAUUACUUUCAUAUUUGUUGAAUACUACAUAAUGAAGUUGUUUACAUUGAGAUUUAUAAAGCACUAAAUUAUUUCAUUCCUUUUAAUAGAUUCAUAUUGGAAUGUCAAAAUGAUAUGGGGAAACCUUCUAAUUAAUGAUAUGUAGUCUAAGUAUUGAAAUUAACUUUAUUUUGAUAUGUCAAAAUUACGUUGCUUUUUCACCAUGGAUGUGUUUAUCUAAAUUAUCUGAUUGGGUUCGCUAUUAUUAGAUCAUGCUUGUUUAAUUCUCAAUUGAAACCCUAUGCUGAAGAAGUAUCCCUUUAUUCACUCUCCUCAAGAUCUGGGCAGCGCAACAUCGCACUAUUGAUUGAUGAGGUCUUCUUUAUCCACUCAUUAUUGGCAUACCUUAUUUAGAAACCGGAGAUAGCUUCAUAAAGUAGAAUGUCGAACAAAGGGCGAAAAUCCGAAUUUACCGCAUGGUGAUCGCAACCGUUGGUUUGUGGAUUUGCUCUCCGCGUGGCGGCGCGUCCUUUUCUGCUGUAAAGAAUACCAGAAAUCUAAACGAGGGGUAUUAGCGCGAAAAAUGGCCUUUCGCUUUUCUUUGGAGUCCCAGCGCGGAUGGCCGACAUUGUUGUUUUCCCAUGGAUUCGGUGGCCAGCGUGCGGUGCGACGGCCCCCUAAGUAAAGAUGUGUGGGGCAAAGUUGGCAUUCGAAAAACGGUGGGUAUUCUCAUUCGAAUCCACGCUGCUUUACCUGGUCUUAGGAAGUGCCAUAGGCUAUAAUUCAUCCAAUGAUAAAAAAGACUAGCUCUUUUCCACCUAGAGGGGGAAAGGGAAUAAUUCUAAACAGAAAGCACAAGCUAAUGCCACAGCGAUGCCAAGGAAUGGUUUCACAGACCUAUCUCUCUCUCUCUCUCCAUUGAAAACAAUUUGUUUUAUUCUUUACCAAUUUACGUUUGAAUUAUCCAGGAAGAAACAAUCCAACAUUGUAUAUAAAAUAACUUACAUUGAGUUAUUUGUCAAUUUGGGUAAAUAUUCUUUUUACUUAUCAUUGUUGGGGAAGGAAAUCUUGUAACGGUGUUAAUCCGCUACGGAUCUGCUCCACUGUUCUCAAAAUUCGAUGUCUUCUACGAAGAAAUCAAUGUAUGGGGAU